AUAUCCCAGUCGGACCGAACUCAGCACUUCCUGUAGGAGAGGAGCUCGUUUAUCGCUGUCGUUUGGUCAUGUUGAGGAAUGUCCUGAGCAGGUUGGUGACAGAAUCGGUUCGUGUUCACCAUCAUGUAAAUCCCGCUCCUUUCAAACUGACGCUGACAGCCUGCCGUGGGUCGGUGAGGAACUUUGCGGAGGUGAAGGACGAGGUGCAGACGCCGUUCAACUCCACCCUGCUUGAAGUACUGGUCUGCCCGCUGUCCAAGAAGCCUCUGAGGUACGAUGCUGACACCAAUGAACUGAUCAACGAGGAGCUCGGCAUCGCUUAUCCCAUCGUUGAUGGCAUUCCUAACAUGAUCCCGCAGGAGGCCAGACUGCUACAGAAAGAAGAACCAUCUCCAAGCAAACCUGCAGAGUAGAACUCUUGAACGUCUUAAAUUCAAAGUGA